ACCUCCACGGAGGCCAAGAGAUCUGUGCUGCUCCCCUCCCCGCUGAUGGGGCACCCCCCUGUCCCCCCCAGGUGCGGACGGCGCAGAAGGACCUGCCUGAGAACCGCCAGGCGUCACGGCGGAUGACGGCCCGGGCCUACCGCAGCCAGGCCGGCUCCGGGAACUUCCUGCACUUGGCCGUGCAGGCCACGGAGCUGAAGGUUGGGGAGAGCGUGCCCAUCAGCUUCCACCUCAAGAGCAACAACAACGACGUCCGCAACAGCGUCAAGUACUUCACCUACCUGAUCAUGAGCAGGGGCCGCAUCGUCCGCGCCGGGCGGCAGCCCUACGAGGCCGGGCAGAGCCUGGUCACCAUGACCCUGCCGGUGACGGCCGACCUGCUGCCCUCCUUCCGCGUCGUGGGCUAUUACUUCGUCCUGCCGGAGGAGAUCGUGGCCGACUCCAUCUGGGUGGACGUCAAGGACACCUGCAUGGGCACCCUGGUGGUGAAGGGGGCGACAGAGGCCGACAAUCAGGUGCACCGGCCGGGGAGCCCCAUGAGGCUGCGCAUCGAGGGCGACCACAAGGCCCACGUGGGGCUGGUGGCCGUGGACAAGGGGGUCUUCGUCCUCAACAAGACGAACAAGCUCACCCAGACCAGGGUUUGGAACACGGUGGAGAAGAGUGACAUCGGCUGCACCGCGGGCAGCGGGAGGGACAACGUGGGGGUCUUCGCUGACGCCGGGCUGAGCUUGGCCACCAGCGUGAAGAUCACGACGCCACAGCGGUCGGAGCUGCAGUGUCCCCAGGAGGCCAAGCGCAGGCGCCGCUCGCUGCAGCUCACGGAGUACAAAGGCACCAAGGCGUCCGAGUACCAGGACAAGCUGCUGCGGAAGUGCUGCGAGGACGGGAUGCGGGAGAUCCCGAUGGAUCACAGCUGCGAGCAGAGGAGCUCCUACAUCCAGGAGGGAGAGUCCUGCGUCCGGGCCUUCCUCGACUGCUGCAAGUACAUCGAGGACAUCCGCAGGGAGAAGCGGCGGCAGCAGAACCAGCACCAGCUGGCACGAAGCGAGAAGGACGUCGUGUUCAUGAGUGACGAGGAGAUCGUCACACGGAGCCUCUUCCCGGAGAGUUGGCUGUGGCAGGUGGAGCAUCUGACAGAGCAGCCCAACCAGCUGGGGGUGUCAUCCAAGACCGUGCCUGUGUACCUGAAGGACUCCAUCACCACCUGGGAGGUCCUGGCCGUCAGCCUCUCGCCCAACAAGGGGCUGUGCGUGGCCGACCCCUAUGAGAUCACGGUGAUGAAGGACUUCUUCAUCGACCUGCGCCUGCCCUACUCGGUGGUGAGGAACGAGCAGGUGGAGAUCCGGGCCAUCCUCUACAACUACAAUCUGGACGAGAUCACCGUGCGGGUGGAGCUGGUGCACAACCCCGCCCUGUGCGGCCCCUCCACGUCCAAGAAGCGUUUCCAGCAGAUCCUGCGCGUCAAGGCCGAGUCCUCCCGCACCGUGUCCUUCGUGCUCGUGCCCCUGCAGCUGGGGCUGCACGACGUCGAGGUCAAGGCGGCCGUCAGGGACAAGUACGUGGCCGACGGCGUCAAGAAGAAGCUCAGGGUGGUGCCCGAGGGGAUGAGGCUGGAGAAGACGGUGAAGAUCGUCGAGCUGGACCCACAGACCAAAGGAGUCAAUGGGGUGCAGGAGGAGAAGGUGAAGGCGGCGGAUCUCUCUGACAUCGUCCCCAACACCGAGUCGGAGACCAGAGUCAGCAUCCAGGGGAACCCCAUGUCCAUCCUGGUGGAGAAGGCCAUCGACGGGAGCAAGCUGAAGCACCUGAUCGUGGUCCCCUCGGGCUGUGGGGAGCAGAACAUGAUCUCCCUGACCCCCACGGUCAUCGCCACACACUACCUGGACAACACCCUGCAGUGGGAGAACCUGGGGCUCGACCGCAGGGCCGAGGCCAUCGAGAUCAUCAAAAAGGGUUACGUCCAACAAUUGGCCUACAAGAAAUCUGACAACUCCUUCGCCGCCUUCACCAACCGCCCGUCGAGCACCUGGCUGACGGCCUACGUGGCCAAAGUGUUCGCCAUGGCCAGCAAGCUGAUCAGCAUCGAGCACGAGGUCAUCUGCGGGGCCAUCAAGUGGCUCAUCCUCAACAAGCAGAAGCCGGACGGGAUCUUCCAGGAGGACGGUCCCGUCAUCCACAACGAGAUGCUGGGGGGUUACGUGGGGGCCGAGCCCGAGGUGUCCCUCACUGCCUUCGUCCUGGUGGCGCUGGAGGAGGCGCGGGAGGUCUGCAAGGGCCACGUGCAGAGCCUGGACGGGAGCAUCAACAAGGCCGCCGACUUCCUGGCCCGGCGCUACGAGCAGCUGGCCCGGCCCUACACGGUGGCCCUGAGCUCCUACGCGCUGGCCCUGGCCGGGAAGCUCAAGAGCGAGAAGGUCCUCAUGAAGUUCUCCAAAGAUGGGAGGAGCUGGGAGGAGCGGAACGCUCGGACCUACAACAUCGAGGGCACGUCCUACGCGCUGCUGGCCCUGCUGCAGAUGAAGAAGGUGGAGCUGGCGGGCCCCGUGGCCCGGUGGCUCUCCCAGCAGAACUACUUUGGGGGCGGCUACGGCUCCACCCAGGCCACCAUCAUGGUGUUCCAGGCACUGGCCCAGUACCAGCUGGACGUUCAGAAGGGGCCAGAGCUCAACCUGGACGUGUCGGUGCUGCUGCCGCGCCGGGCCAACGCCAUCAAGUACCGCAUCGACAACAGCAACGCCCUGGUGGCACGGUCUGCUGAGACCAAGCUGAACGAGGACUUCACGGUGAAGGCCGAGGGGGUGGGCACGGGGAAGAUGACGGUGGUGACCGUCUACAACGCCAAGGUCCCCGACAAGGAGGACAAGUGCGACAACUUCGACCUGCGCGUGCAGGUGGAGGACGUGAAGGCCGGCAGGGAGGAGGGUGACAUCAUCAGCACCAUCAAGAUCACCAUCUGCACCAGGUACCUGGGUAAAGCGGAUGCCACCAUGUCCAUCCUGGACGUGUCCAUGCUGACCGGCUUCACCCCCGACCUCGAGGACCUCAAGAGGCUCUCGGAGGGAGUGGACAGGUACAUCUCCAAGUACGAGCUCAACCACCUCCAGUCGGAGCGGGGCAACGUCGUCAUUUACCUUGACAAGAUCUCCCACAAGGCCGAGGAGUGUUUUGCCUUCAAGGCCCACCAGCGGUUCCAGGUGGGGCUCAUCCAGCCCGCGGCCGUCACCGUCUACAGCUACUACAAGAUUGACGACCAAUGCACCCGGUUCUACCACCCGGACAAGGAGGGCGGGAAGCUGAGCAAGAUCUGCCAGGGGGACGUGUGUCGCUGCGCCGAAGAAAACUGUUUCAAGGGGCAGGAGCAGGAGGAGCCCCUCACCGUCGAACAGCGCAUCGAGCGUGCCUGCGAGCCAGGGGUGGACUACGUGUACAAGGUGAGGUUGGUGGCCACGGAGCAGACCUCGUCCCACGACAACUACAUCAUGGAAAUCCUGUCCGUCAUCAAGAUAGGCACAGACGAGGUCCAGGCUGGCAGCAACAGGACCUUCAUGAGCCACCAGCGGUGCCGGGACGCCCUGAAGCUCCAGCCCGGCCAGGACUACCUGCUGUGGGGGCAGGGCAGCGACCUCUGGGCCACCGGCAGACGGUUCUCGUACCUCAUCGGGAAGGACACGUGGAUGGAGAUGUGGCCCUCAGAGGGGCAGUGCCAGGACCCCGAGUUCGAGACCCUCUGCCAGGACUUCAUCCAGUUCUCCGAGGCCAUGUCCCUCUUCGGGUGCCCCAGCUGAGCGUCCCCUCCCCCACCCAG